AUGGAAGACUUUGAAGCUAAAAAGAUAUCUGAUAACGCCAUAGCUAAAGAUCCGAAGAAAGUCAUCACUCGUGAUGAAGCUCAGAAGCUAAGGGAUUCUGUAAGUCAUAUUAUAUUAUAGUAGGGUAGAAUAAGGUAUAUAGGGUAGGGUAGGGUAGGGUAGGGUAGGGUAGGGUAAGGUAGGGUGUGGUAGGGUAGGGUAGGGUAGGGUAAAAUAGGGUAGGGUAAAAUUAAAAAUAAAAAUUGAUUUUAGGUAUUGCGAGCCAAUCGACCAGUAAAUCCAUGGUUUACCACUGAAGAUAUAAACCGUUAUCGUAAAGCGCCAACUUCUCCCACACAGUCAUCAAACAGAACAACGACCCUAUCUUUAAAAACACCAACAUAUACUACACCAUCAGUGACAAGACAAACAGAUUCAAAUGCAACAUCGCCAGUACCAUCAAGUAUCAAGACAACGUCAUCAGUACCACCACCUGUGAAACCAAAAUCAUUUGUAUCAUUAAGUACAAAGACAACACCAUCCUUAUCAUCAAAUGCCCUAAGGGAAAAGGUGAAUUAUUCUUUGCCAGAGAAGAAGUUUCAGUCGAAUGAGUAUACUAUACCGACAGUUGUGGUAAGUAUUAGACUGCAUGCAAGACAAUUGUUUUAGGAUGGGAAAAGGUGUAAUAAAUAGUUUUUUGGGAGCUGGAGAGGAAAGGGCGUGGUAAAAUUGUUUUUUGGACUUGAAGAAGAAAGGGCGUGGUAAAAUUGUUUUUUGGACUUGAAGAAGAAAGGGCGUGGUAAAACUUUAUUUGGAGUGAAAAGUAAAAGGGCGUGUUUAUUUUUUUGGAAGGGGGGGGGGGUGAGAAUGGGUAUGGUAAAAAAUGUUAUAGGGUGGGGAGGGGGUGCUUUUUGUUUUACCGAUUAGACUAAAAACCUUGAUGAAGAAAAAGUAUUUAAAAAAUUUUUUUAGAAAAACGAUGAGCACUAUUAUGAAAAUAGUCCCAGAAGAAGUGAACCAUUACGCCAAAUGUUAAACAAUAGGGUAGGUCUUUUACAUAUUUUACUAUACUUUUUAGUUUAAUAUCAUAAUUUUAAACUUUAAAUUUUUCAAAAAAAUUAUUUCGAAAAAUGAUACUCUAUAAUCUAUGUUAUUUUAGGUCGAAACCAAAAAACUUGUUGACUUUGUACCAAAAAGAACCGUGACAACAAGAAACAUGACCCAAACAUUGGAAAACUUGGCCCAUUUAAAAGAACUUGAACUGAUCGAAGCUGAAACGGCCAAAAGGAAAAUGAAACUAGAACAAUAUGAGAGACAAAGCUCGAACAACAACGAUGGACGGUCAUCUGCUUCUACUUAUUACUUUGUAAGGCAUUUUUGGGGGAAGGCAAGGCUAAAAAAGUGGGUGGGGGUGAUUAUUGUUAGAAGAAGGGGGGGGGGGUCAAAAUUUUUUUUAAAUUUUGAUUUUUUAUUGUUCUUAAAAUGAGGUUUGGAACUUUUUUUUUUGAUUUUGGUGGUGUUAGUGGGGGCUCAGUCGGUGAGCCGUUGUCAGUAAUAUCAAAGGCUCACUGGCUGAGCCCGCACUAUUUAUACCGGCCCAAAAUAUUUAGGUCAGUAGUCGAGUUUUAUUAUAUUAACAACGGUAAUACAAUUUAGUACAGUAGUAACACAAUCUAAUACAGUAGUAACACAAUCUAAUACAGUAGUAAUACAAUCUAGUGCAAUAGUAAUACUGUAAUUUAAAUAUAGUAGACAAUACAGGCUUGUUUUACUUAACUAUAAUCUGUCAGACCCUGUUAAGUACAAUUUCUAGGGGAUUUUAUACUCUUUUACAAGUUUCUAGAAAUAUUUGAAACAACUGAUAUCGCAUGAAUAGGGGUUGCAAAGGUGAAAUAUAAACCAUUUUAUAAACUUUUGCUUCUUUGCUAUCAUUAUCAAUCAAAUCGGCGAAAGGGGGGGGGGUGGACGGGGAGGGACCCUCCUUUCCCAGAAAAAAAAUUUUGAAAAAAGUUGAACGUGGUCCCCCCUGUGGAUUUAAAAAAAAAUUAUUUAUAAAUAUUUUGCAAAUUAUGUAGCUACCUGUGCCGAUUUUUUUUGACUUUUGCCUCCAGACCAAAAGCCCUCGACCUGCCCUGAACACAACAGUAAAAAAUGUUUCUUAAAUACAGUGUGCGCCAAAAGUUCUGUUACAAAACUUGUAAACAUGGGGACGGAUACAAAAAAAGGUACAAAUUGAUGCUCCAAACCCAAAAUAUUAUUAAAACUGUACAAUUAUGACAUUUUCAGAGUGAUGACAGCUUAUCAGAAGUCCUUUCAAAGUGUGAUGACAUUGCUGUAUACAGAAGUCAACUAUCUAAAUGUGCUCAAUGCUACAGUAUUAUUGAUGACAUUGUAAGUUUUUAGUUUCUACUGAUGCCUGAUUUAUCUUCUUUUAUCAUUUUUUAUCAUCUAAAACGUUAAUACGACAUUUUUAACGCGACAAAAAAAGUCUUGUCGUUUUUUAACUAACAAAACUUAACAAAAUGACGACAAGACUUUUUAGCAGCUCAAUAUGACAUUUUUAAACUUUCUUUUGUUAUUACAGGUCCUCCAAGCCCUGGACAAGAACUUUCAUCCAUCAUGUUUUCGAUGUUAUCACUGUGGUAUGAUUCUAGAUGGCAUUCCUUUCGCUUCAGACCUAAACAGUCGAGUCUAUUGUGUACCUGACUAUGAACGGCUGUUUGUUACUCAGUAUCAACGACCUGUUACUGUGAGUAUUACUAAAUAUUUUUUUAGUUGGGGCUUAAAUUUUACAUAGGGCGGGGUAAAUUAAAAAAAAUAUUUUUAAGGGAUGUUUUUCAACUUUUUUUUAAAUUUUUAAUUUAAAAAUGAAAAAAAAACUUUUGUAGAAACCAAUUCCAAGAAGCUCUAGACCAAUGUAUGAUGAUAUUAUGAAGUCCCAAAUGAGGUUGAGAGAACAGACCUACCCAGACACGUCUUUGUGGACCUUUGAACAUCGAUAG